CGACCUGAAGGAGCAACUUUCCGUCCUCCUCGUUCUCCUCACCACCUCCCGGCUGUGUGGGGCUGGCCGGGCGCUGGAGUCCCCGGGUGGCGCGCCGGGCGAGCGUCCGCAAAUGGAUUACCCGCCUCUCUAUGCGAUGCUGUCUUGCUUGGUGCCGCUCAGCUGCUGGCUCGCCGCGGGCAGGGGAGCGAGAGCCCAAGAGCUGCUCCUGUCUGGAAAGCUAAGUGAAUAUGGUGUGAUUGUGCCCUUCAGUGCAGAUUGCCAGGGACGGUUCCUCUCGCACGUGGUGUCUGGCUCGGUGGCAGCAAGGAGGGGCAAAGCCACCCACCCUCCCGCUCCUCCACCUCACCCAGGCCGGCGCAGGGUUGCCCGCAGCACCUCCUUUCUGAACCAAGGCGUGCCUGGGAAUCGCUUGCACUACUUCAAUGUUACUGUUUUUGGAAAGGAGCUGCAUCUUCGCCUGAAGCCCAACCGGCGGCUGGUGUCACCUGGCGCAUUGACUGAGUGGCAAGAGGACUUCCGGGAAGUCUUUCGGGAACCGCUGCAACAGGACUGUGCUUUUACAGGAGGAGUCUCGGGCAUGCCAGGUGCCGCAGUGGCCAUCAGUAAUUGUGAUGGACUGGCAGGCCUGAUUCGUACAGACAGCGGCGAGUUCUUUAUUGAGCCCUUGGAGCGAGGACAGUGGGAGAAAGAGAAGCAUGGGAGAGCUCAUGUGGUCUACCGUAGGUCUACUGUCAAACAGAGAGCAGAAGCAUACAAGGACCAUCAUAAUGAAGUUCCAGGCUUUAGCCUAGGUCAGCUCCCAAACACACUGAACCUAAUUGAAGAGCAGGUUGGUGAAGCAGAUCGGAAGAGGCGCCACGCCAAGAAAGACGACUACAACAUAGAGAUUCUGCUGGCCGUGGACGAUUCCGUUGUGCGAUUCCAUGGGAAGGAACACGUCCAGAAUUACGUCCUCACCCUCAUGAACAUAGUAGAUGAGAUUUACCACGAUGAAUCAUUGGGGGUCCACAUCAACAUUGUGCUGGUUAGAAUGAUCAUGGUGGGGUACAGACAGUCGAUCAGUUUAAUAGAGCGAGGGAACCCGUCUCGGAGCCUGGAGCAGGUCUGCCGCUGGGCCCAUUCUCAGCAGCGCUCGGACCCAGAACACGCAGAAUACCACGACCAUGCUGUGUUCCUCACCAGGCAAGACUUUGGUCCUGCAGGUAUGCAAGGAUAUGCUCCUGUCACAGGCAUGUGUCACCCUCUGCGCAGUUGCACCCUCAAUCACGAAGAUGGCUUCUCGUCGGCAUUCGUGGUCGCUCAUGAGACUGGACAUGUGUUAGGUAUGGAACACGACGGCCAAGGUAACCGAUGUGCCGAUGAAACCAGCAUGGGAAGCAUAAUGGCGCCACUGGUGCAAGCUGCAUUCCAUCGUUACCACUGGUCGCGAUGCAGCAAGCAAGAGCUGAACCGAUACAUACAUUCUUACGACUGCCUCUUGGACGACCCUUUUGAGCACAACUGGCCUAAGUUGCCAGAGCUGCCAGGAAUCAAUUACUCCAUGGAUGAGCAAUGCCGCUUCGACUUUGGUGUGGGCUACAAAACAUGCACAGCUUUUCGAACCUUUGACCCAUGCAAACAACUGUGGUGCAGCCAUCCUGACAACCCCUACUUCUGUAAGACAAAGAAAGGACCUCCCUUAGAUGGAACUGAGUGUGCAUCAGGCAAGUGGUGUUUCAAGGGUCACUGCAUCUGGAAGACUUCAGAACAACCGUACAGCCAGGAUGGCAGCUGGAGUUCCUGGUCCAAAUUUGGUUCCUGCUCCAGGACUUGUGGGGGUGGGGUGCGCUCCCGCAGCAGGAACUGCAACAACCCACCCCCAGCCUACGGAGGGCGCCAUUGCCCAGGUGCCACGUAUGAGUACCAAGUCUGCAAUACAGAAGAGUGCCGUGGUCCCUAUGAGGAUUUCCGUGCCCAGCAGUGCUCCAAGAGGAACUCUUAUUACACCCACCAGAAUUCCAAGCACACUUGGCUUCCCUAUGAACACCAUGAUGAUGCCCAGAAGUGUGAGCUGAUUUGCCAGUCUGAGGAAACUGGAGACGUGGUAUUCAUGAAUCAAGUUGUUCAUGAUGGUACAAGGUGCAGCUAUAGAGACCCAUACAGUGUCUGUGUGAGGGGAGAGUGUGUGCAUGUUGGGUGCGACAAAGAAAUCGGCUCCCUCAAACAGGACGACAAAUGUGGUGUUUGUGGGGGUGACAAUUCCCACUGCCGGACGGUGAAGGGGACUUUGGUCAAAUCCCCAAAGCAGGCAGUGGGUGCUUUGAAAAUGUUUGAGAUUCCAGCCGGCGCCAGGCAUGUGCAGAUUGAAGAGAUGGAGCCAGCAACCCAUACAAUUGCUGUUAAGAACCAAGCCUCUGGCAACAUCAUCCUUAAUCCCAAGGGCAAAGAUGCCAAGAGCAGCACUUUCCUGGAGAUGGGCUUGGAAUGGGAGUACGCCAUUGAGAACGGCAAGGAAAGCUUGAAAACCAGCGGGCCCCUGCAUGAAGCCAUCAGCGUCCUGGUCAUCCCGCAAGAAGACGAAUCCAAGAGUAGCUUGAUGUACAAGUACAUCAUCCACGAAGAUCUCCUUCCUGUCAUCGGAAACAACAAUGUCCUCCUGGAAGAAAUGGACACCUAUGAGUGGGCCCUUAAAAGCUGGUCUCAGUGUUCAAAAGCUUGUGGAGGAGGAAUACAGUAUACCAAGUAUGGUUGCCGGAGGAAGAGCGAUAACCGGAUGGUGCACCGGAACUUCUGCGAUAACGGGAAGAAACCAAAACCCAUCCGUAGGAGAUGCAACAUGCAGGAGUGCACGCAGCCUUUCUGGGGGGCUGAGGAGUGGGGGGCCUGCAGCAAGUCCUGCGGCAAGCUGGGAGUCCAGGUCAGAGUGGUGCAGUGCACCCAGCACCUACACAACGGCACAAACAGGACCGUGCACACAAAGUACUGCACAGGAGACAAGCCAGACGCACGCCGGCCCUGCAGUCGCAUCCCGUGCCCUGCCCAGUGGAGGACAGGUGCCUGGUCUCAGUGCUCUGUCAGCUGUGGAGAAGGCAUCCAGCAGCGCCAGGUGGUCUGCAAGUCCAACGACAACAACCUCGGCCAGUGCGAGAACGAGAAGCCAGAGACCAUCCAGGUUUGCAAAAUGGCAGCAUGCCCAGGAAGCCUACCAAGCGUCACAACAAACUCAGGCACCAGCGAUCAUGUGACUCCUAAGGUCCAAUGGGUGCCUCAGGAGAGCGCCAAAAAUCCUGUUACCAAGAUAUCAUCAAAGGAGCCGUGCCUUGGAGACAAGUCCAUAUUCUGCCAGAUGGAAGUCCUGGCUCGCUACUGCUCCAUCCCUGGCUAUAACAAGCUCUGCUGCGAAUCCUGCGGCAAAAAAGUCCCCACCAGCCAGCCUCCCGCCGUUGACCAAGGAGCUUCUGAGACUGGCACCCGCGGAGGCGCUCCCCUUCCCGGCCCUCUCCCACAACUGUCUCCCCAUCCCACUGCCACGAGCCAACUGCAAAGGAUGAAGGGCACUUCUCCAAAAGAGACAGAGGCAUCCCGUGGCCUCCUGGCUACUCUCGCCGGCUCCACGGCCAUUGGCACCUGCCAGGUUAACGCUGCUUCACAGCCUCAGGGCAGCCCUGACAAUAGCACUUCGAAAGCGGGCAUGUCAAUGCUACUACCUCCUCCUCUUCCUCCUCCUCCUCUUCGGCAGGCUCCAGCAGAGUGGGACCCCGAGGAGCAUCAGAGCAGCUUGCUGUCCCAAUGGCUCCCUGCCGCCUUGGACAAGCCUUCCAUUGUUUCGCAGAAAGGAGGCCCAUCUCCUCCUCAAGAUGGAGGAGGGUGGAGAAAGGACAGCGUGGGGCCCAAACAGUCAGCUGCCACUCUCAGGACCUCCUCCCCUGUUGUGACAUGAGUGGGGGUGGUGCUUUCUUUCCCCCCACCCCCAGAAACCCCUCUCUUAUUUUUUGGGGUGGUUACAUUACGUCUCUCUACACCGUUUACAUGCAGAGGAGCAGAGCGGCAAAGCCACCAUGUUGUUGUUUUUAUCCGGGGCCCUUUUCCAAAAUGGAAGGAGUAACCAUUUCCAACGCAACCACGUUCGUUUUAGCAAUGGCGGUGAUUUCACCGUUGUUCUGUGGCACUUUUUAGAAAUAUAUAUGUAUAUAUAUAUAUUUAAGAAAAACCCAGUGAAGGAAACAAAUUGAAACUGCUGAGGUUGGGGACACACACACACACACACACACACACACAGUGCUUCUGUAGCCCAGGUUAGGUCGCCUGUGAGGGCUUUUCCGUCAAGGUUGCUAACAAGAGAUUUCUCAAUCAAUAAGGCAAGACAGAGCCAAGGACCUUGUUUCCCCUCCUCAGUUUCCACUCAUUGCUGCUGCUAUCCCAGCCAUCUGAUGGAGCCUUGAAAUGGUGCUGCAAGGGACAUGGUUUCAGUCCGAGUUACUGUGGACAGCGAGCCUGAUGUGUCUCCAUAACCGCACGCUAUGCGGACUGAAAUUGUGUCAGGAGAGAGGAGGAGACCUGGGGUGCUUCCAGGUGGAGGGCUUAAUACUGCAAACGGGUCUUACAGGUAGCACAAAUGGGUUGUUGGCAACAGGUUAUUGUUGUUGUUCUCUACCUUGGCAAGGGCAAAUCUAGAUUAAAAGUGGUGGUGGGGAGAGAAAUGCAGGCUGGCUUUUUUGUUGUUGAUGAUGAUGGCACCAUGUAGACGCUGCAAAAACCUUGCAUGCACAAGGAGCACCAAUCCCAGGAAAGUGUGUGUGGUUUGGACUAACAGGCUCCUGAGCCAGCAAGCCAGCUGCCUCCUUGCAAUGCUGAGCUGGUGUGCUGAGAGUCCUGGGACAAGGGUGUUGAAACACCCCCCCCCAAGCUCACUUGGAGUGUCGCUUGAACAGGGUAUGAGCAAUGAACACCUCGUCUUUAAAAACCAUUUUAAUGACCUUUUUGUUCACCAUGGCAGUGACAAUUCUCAGUCAAAAGCAGGGAGAAUAUGAGAACGUGAGGAUUGCCUUGCUAACUGGGCCCAAUGUCCAUUUGUUCCAGCACUUUGCUUGUGCCAGUGGCCAGCUAGACGCCCGCAAGCAAUUCAUGAUUGCUUUUCAGCCAUUCUUUCUCUGCCCCCAGCGGUCGUCAGUGGUAUGCUGCCCUCAGAAUGAGUAGAUUUUCAGAGCAAACCAGGGAACCAGAUACCCAAGCGUGUUACCAAAUGCUUUGUGUUUUAAAACAAUGUUUUUACUGCAAGGAUGUUGUGGGCUUCCUGGUUCUCUCUCCCCACACCUCCCUCUCUCUCUCUUCUCCCUCUGAAAAGCCACUUUUGUUCCUCACAAUGCAGUUUAUGUCACUUCUGAGUUUGAAGGUGUUCUCUUGCAUUGGCAGGUUGCUGUUCUGGAACUCUGCUUGUGGUGGGAGGUGACGCCAGUUUUAAUAAAAUAUGCCCACUACAGGAAUUCUGAAUAAGUUAGGUAACAGGUGCGUUUUUAAAAACAACAACUCUGGAGUGACUUUUACCCAAGGACAACAAUAUGAGCUGCAAUAGGCAGCUUUGAAACUGUCUGAUACGAGCUGUGUUUUGCCAACAGUGGAUGCUAAAUAAGAUCGAGGUGAUGUAAGGUUAUGCAAAUAAUUGAAUUGCCUUUUGGGGAGAAAGGCUGGUUUAAUAUUAAAUGGACACCCCAUUCCACCCCUACACACAA